AUGUAUCUCGCGAGACAACCACACGGCAACGGGCUCGGCGAAUCGCGAUCCGCGGUAGACGACGACGACGUUGUCAAGAACGAAAGGCGACUCGAAACGAUCGGUAGCCAGCAGUCUCAACCACAGCCGCAAUCGCAGCUGCAGCUACAACCGCAGCUGCAGCCGCAGUCGCAGCAGCCACAACCGCAGCCACAGUCGCGGUCGCAGCAGCAACUGCAGACGUCGUCGACGAACACGCGGGAUCGAGAGACGGACCCGAUGCGACAGCAUCCGAGCGCGUGGAAAUUGCGGGAUGACCACGAUGACAAUGACGAUGAUGACGACGAGAACGAGGAGGAGCAACCGGGCGACAACGUGUGA